AUGUUUGAUUCUCUCUUUCCCGGGCAGGUAUACAGAUCCUGGCUCGGACAACCGCCGCCCGCCCCGCUCCCGUCGACAGUCACGAUCACCGGCGUCAGGUUCCCCGCCGAUGGGUCCAAGCCACACACGCUACCUCUCACAACAACAACCGAUGGGUGGCGAGACUUUGAGACCUUCCGGCUGCAAAACCAGCCGCUGAGUAGCUGUAACGGUUUAUAUGUCCUCUUCUACUCGUUUGACUCCGAGUCGUUGCCUAUCCAUAGCAACUUUCCCGAGGCCAUUUUCGAAAGGCAGCGAACCUUUGCCGGCGACACCUUCGUCGUCAAGCUUCAGGGCAAUGAGAUCGGGGAAGAUCUGGGAGAGGAUGGCUGGGCAGUCUGGGUUGACGUGCCGUCGGACAUCUUGAGCCUGCCAAUCAUGAAAAUGUGACGGUCCAUGCAUGCCAUUCCCCGCCCCCCUCUCCCUGUAAGGAGAAGGCUCUGCCGGAGGAGGCAGGGCAGUUUUGGAGGCCCAAUACUGCCCCACCAGGUUGAACUGCCCACAACAUUGACUGAUUGACU